GGUUUGUUUUGAUAGAAUUACUGUCGUCUGCUGUCCGCUGUGUUUUGUGUUUAUUUAUUUGCUUCUUUGUCAUGUACAAUUUGUUUCCAUAGUAUUAUUCAUCAUGUUAUCGCGUUUAAAAGUAUUGGAUUUGUUGAGACAAGAUCUUACUAAACUUAUCAGAUUAAAUUCAUCCGCAUAUUCAACAAUAUCCGAAACAAAUCAAACUCAAACCGAAUAUGAAGGUGCUCGAAUGUCAGCUUGGCAAGUCCAUUCUUAUGGCGGUCUGGAAGAAUUACAAUUUUCCAAGCACGUUCGAAUGCCUAUUAUAAGACACCAACAUGAAGUACUUGUUAGAGUAAUUGCUUCAUCGGUGAAUCCUAUUGAUGUUCAUAUGACAAAUGGUUAUGGGAACGUGAUGUUAAACGCCCUUCGUCAGUUGGAGACAUGCAGCACGGCACAGGACGUGGAACUACCUCUGAUUAUGGGAAGAGACUUUGCCGGAGAGGUAGUCGCUAAAGGCAACGGAGUCACCAAUCUCAAAAUUGGCGAUCGGGUCUACGGAGUUGUUCCCGUUCACCAGCAGGGUUGUCAUGCCCAAAACGUUGUCGUUCACAGUCAGUAUGUGAGGCGAAAACCGGAUAAUGUGAGCAUAGAAGAGGCCGCUUCCGUACUCUACGCCGCACUGACAGCUUGGUCUGCACUGAGGGUGACGGGAGAUCUGUGGCUGCUUCCCGCCGAAACCAAAAAGGUUCUGGUCAUUGGAGGCUCCGGUGGAGUCGGAACUGCUGCCAUACAGAUGUUGAAAGCGUGGGGUACUGAGGUUACUACAACUUGUAGCUCCGAUGCAGUGCAGUUGGUCGAAAGCCUCAACGCAGAUCACAUCAUCGAUUACAGGAGACCAGAUUUCAUCCACGAAUUGAAGUCACAUGGAAAGUAAGUUGCAAGUUCCACUAUCAUCAAAAUUGUGAUCUUUAGAAUGUUUUAUGUUGUUCUUUUGUAUUGUAUUCAUUAUUCACAUUUGCUUAUUGGUGGGGAUCAUUGACUCACUGCUAGGUGGCAUUAUUUUUUUGCUGGGGUUGAUACCCAUGUGAGCUUUAGAGGCUUGUGCUUGGGGUCAGAGACGGAUGAUUAGAGAUGAAUGGACCUAAAGU